CUCUGCCACUGUGGUUGGUGCAAGAAAACACCAGGAUAUAACGGUAACACAUUCGCGGUCCUCAUGGAUCAUGCCUGCUCCAACUUCAAGCACCUUUCCGGCACCAGCGAUACGUUCAAACGAAUUGCAGACUCAGCAAACACCAUGACAUCGUAUGCUUGUGGAAGAUGCAGCUGUAUCAUGUGGGUUCAUCCCGAGUCUCAGCCCGCUCUCAGAGUGAUCCGUACUGGUACCAUCAACGAUGCCGAUGUGCUGAAUUCAUUAGCGCCUUCCAAAGAGCUCUACUGCAGCCCGAGGCCGUGA